CGCUCCUAAACGUAGAUGAACGUAGCCAACCUCGACCGCGACUUCCUUUCAGAAUUCAGAAAACAAGCGCAAUCGGAGCACCUCGUGAGCACCUUUUCGCAUUUAGUUUUAGUACCAGUUCGACGUUCAUCUUGGUGGGCUUUUCGUGCGAAAAAUCAGCAACCAGUGAAGUCAAAUUGGCGAAGCUGUGCAGACACACUCUCGAGGGCGAUGGAGUUCCGAUUCGAUUUAAAUGAGCUGUUCAAACAGCCCAUCGUCGAAGUGGGCAACACUUUGAUCCCGCCUGGAUUCACUGGGGAUAAACGGGCGUUAUGGGAUGUCCAGUCGAAAAUGUCCCAGAUUGUCAAUGCGAUUGGCGAAGCCUCUGCCCAUGCCCAGGGCCUUUCCAAACCCAUCACCACUGCUGAUCGACUGCGGAAUUCCGAGUAUAAAUUGUAUCUUUUGAUGGAUCCCACUGCCAACAAUGGCAAGGGCGCAGUGACCGGAAUGCUUAAAACCGGCACAAAGGGCCUGUACGUCUUUGACCGAAACGGGCAACACUAUCAAGUGUCGCCCCAAUGCGUUUUGGACUUUUACAUCCACGAAUCGCGUCAAAGAACCGGACUAGGCAGGCGCCUCUUUGAGCACAUGCUUCAGAGGCAGCAAAUAGAGCCGGAAAAAAUGGCGAUAGACCGGCCGAGCGACAAGUUUCUCGGGUUUCUCAGCAAGCAUUACGGGCUGAGUGCACCGGUAAAACAGAUGAACAACUAUGUGGUUUACGAUGGGUUCUUUCCCAAGACGCACGAAACUCCGGCCCAUGUGGAUGUGGACAAAAGUAACCCGGUCACUCAAAAACAGUCGGCCAAUGGGCUGCAACAGGGGGGCAACAGCAUCCUCCCAUCACAAACGUAUGGGCGCUAUGGAGCCGCCCAUCGUCCUUGUAGCAUGGGCCAGAUAAUCCAUAACGAUUCGGCUGUUGUUCAUCGCAACAAAGACCCCACUGGGCACGCUUACCAGACCAGUCAGAGUUUACCCAACGUUCCUCUCAAUUAUCCCUCCUCACUCUACAAUGCCUAUGGGCAAGCGGCUGCAGGCGACUACGAUCGCCCCCUAGUAAGGGCAAAGGCGCCUCUGAUUCCGCAGGCUUUCGACGGCAGUCUCAGAAAGGGGGCCCACGCCCUACACGGCUCAGUCUCUGCGCCCGUUGCCCAAACGGCACCAAGUGCUCAGAGUCUGGCAUAUUUCGGAUCAGCACCUCGGGCCGCCACUCCAGUGCUCCAAACCAAUCAACAACUAGGACUGGGGGCACCUCAAAGCGCUUCGCAGUUUACGCCAAUGGGGAACGAAAUAAAUGUUGCUACCCCUCAGCAAUCUGAGCAAUCCUACCAAGUCCCAGCUCCGGGUCAAAUGAACCAGCAAACCUUCCAAACCGGCGCUUAUCAGCCAAUGAGGAACGAAGCGAAUUUUUCGAUAGAGCAGUACCAUCAAGCUCCGCCUUCUAGUCAAAUGAGCCAGCAAAACUACCACACUCGCCCUACCCAACAAGCGGAUCAGUACGUCCCUUAUCAGCCAGUAGGGGCGGACAGUCCUCAAAGUGCUACUCAGUUGGCGCCAAUGAGGAACGAAGCAAAUUUUUCCCCAACGCAGUACCACCAAGCUCCGCCUUCUAGUCAAAUGAACCAGCAAAACUACCAAACGCUCUCGACUCCAGAAGCCAAUCAAUCGGGCGCAUAUCAACCCAUAGGAGUGGGCAGUCGUCAAAGUGCUACUSAGUUUCCGCCUAUGAGGAACGAAGCAAAUUUUCCCACAGCGCAGUACCACCAAGCUCCGCCUUCUAGUCAGAUGAGCCAGCAAAACUACCAACCUCGCCCUACCCAAGAAGCGAAUCAGUCCGUCCCUUAUCAGCCAGUAGGAGUGGCCAGUCCUCAAAGUGCUACUCAGUUUACGCCAAUGAGGAACGAGGCAAAUUUUCCGAUGCCGCAAUACCAACAAGCUCCGCAUUCUAGUCAAAUGAGCCAGCAAAACUACCAAACUCGCCCUACCCAAGAAGCGGAUCAGUCAAGAGAGCUGGGUAGACCUGGGCUGACGCCUCAAAGCGCUGGCCAGCACUACCCAGGUGCGCCUUCUACUCAAACAAAUCAGCAAAUGGGCUUCUCCACUGAGGGCAACCAACCAGUGGGGGUGGACAAUCCCCCUGUAGGGAAUUCAGCAGGUUUUAACCAGAUGGGCGACAACCACUACCAAUCGCCGCCUGCUCAGCCAAUGAGGAAUGACGCAAGUUUUUCGCUGCCCGCGCACAGUGGGCAAGCGGCCCAAUCCUACCAAGCCCAGCCUUCUGGGCAACCAAUCGAGGCGCCCAGCGCUCACUUGCUAAGCAGCCUAGGCCAGGCGCCUCCGAGUAUUCCGAGUCAAACGCACAUGGAUGGAAGGCCAGAGUUCCAAAACACUAACCGGGUGAUCCAAAGCUACGUUACGGAAAGCCCCCAGUUGUCCAUGCCCAGGGACCCAGCAAGGAGCCAACAAUCGGAAGUGGACCUCUCCAAAGGCUAUCCGCCCCAACACUUCCAAAUCCCUGCGCAAGCCAGACCGCCCAUAAUCAUCCGCAACUAGUUCCUCGAACACAUCCUCAAAUUCCCGUGCUAGGCCCCAAAUCGCCUCCCAGUAACCACCACAUGCUCCCGAUCCAAAAUUCUUAGCCAGUACUUGUUAAACCGAUUGCAGUGACGAGGCCACGCCCAAAGCAGACAGGCCCAACUCGCUCAACUUUGAGCCGCCCGAGGAGAAGUUGAGCGAGCCGGAAGAGGAGGAUCAGACUGUUGAUGGGCUCAUUGAGGAGGAAAUUCAGAAGGUGACCGUUGCGCCGGAGAUGGAGCGAAGGGGUUCGAAGAGUCCGGGGCCGGAAGCGGCCGGGUUAAUGACGCCGCGUGACCUGGGCACGCAAGGCUUGACCGAUGAGGGCUAUUUCGACUUGAAGUUUUUCCACAACCGACUGUGGUAGGACCAUCUACAUUCGGCCGCUUUCCUGCACUGUAGCCUCGACGAGGUAGUUGAUAAAGCCGUGCGCGCAAUGUGUCAGUUUUUGAAUUAAUUUGCUCAUUUCUUGUGAUCCGAACCACCAAAGUUACUUUAAAUAAACGCUUCAGACAGCCCGUUAACAAGGGUGUUUUUGUUCGAA